AUGCUCAAUUCGACCGCGAAAUUCGAAGCGCCUCAAAGGUCCGAUUCUAUAAAUAUGAACAAGGCUGGUGACAGCUGUGACACCGCUCCGCGCAGGCUCCGCGUCGCUGUUCCUCGUCGCAUUUCCGUGAAACAAGGCAAAACAAAAAGUACAACAAGACAGAUGUUUGUCCCUAACGUACCUGCCACAAAAGAUCUUGCGGACAAUCGUUCAGGAAACUCAGAAGAACCCCUUAAUUUGAUAUGUGAAAGCGAAUCAAAUGCAGAAAGUGAAAGUAGUAGUGAGGAGGAAAUGCAUCCAGGUUUGAUAGAUUUUGAAGAAAUGAGUAAAGGCAUGGAUAAAGCAACUGCUCGAAUUCGAAAACAUCUUCACGAUGACACCCAUAUUUAUUCGCCGACUGAACAGUUCCUCUACAAGGCAAUGGAGAGUGACCAGGGUAGAAUGACUAGAAGUCGAACGAAAGCUAUGAUGGAUGCCACACCGCUAACGGCCACUUACACACCGAAACAGCCGCGUCGUAGUCCACGAAAAACUAAAAAGGCAUUUUACUCGGACGAAGACCCCGAUGAUCGUGCACUUGCUGAGUUUUUGGAGCAAUGGAGAGCUGAAUCAUGCUCAAAAUCUCCUGAUAAGAUGUACGUUCAGGCCGAAGAACCUUCAGUUUUUGAGUGUACUUGCAAACGUCGUAGAGGUCGACCUAGAAAAAUUAGUUUCAGCAAUGCUUCUUGUUCAAAGGAACCUAAAGUCAUCGCUGAGAAUGACCUCGGUCUUGGUGUACACUUAGAAUGUGAGCCUCAAGUUGCAUGCAUUGUUGCUCCGCCUUUGCAGGAUCAUGACGAUGAUAUUGUAGUCCUGUUUGACAGUUGUGGGAAUUCGGGCACACCAGUUCCGGAAUAUAUGCCCCAUUCCGUCGAUGUUUCACACUCAUCCUGUGAUACUGAAAGCGCGAGUGUAUGUAUCCCGUCAACCGAUGAUCCUCACACUCCUUCAACAUCGUAUUCUUCGAAAAGAAAGCGUAUCAACAAGGAUAGAGUUGGUAGCAGCAAGCUCCAAAAGAGGCGUACCACGAGAAGAACAAAAAGCGUUGAAUUGGUAGCUGACAACCCCAUGGAGAAAUCAGAUUCUACUUCGUCACUUGCUGAAGAGAAAGCCAUUGCGAACACUGAUGCAACAGCGUCUUCUAGUAACAAACAGGACAACUUGCGUCCGGAAAAACCACAUAACACUACUGAUUCACAGUCAGAAGGAUGCAAACAAUCAAAGCGUUCACCUCCAUCAGAGUGCGUGAGUGCGUCUUCGUCAGUCGUAGAUAUUGUAGAGCUAACUCUUAGUAAGCAACAGGAGAUUGAAAAUGCCUAUUCCAGCUCUCGUUCCAAGCCGCAACGGGUGAUAAACACUAGAAGAUAUAUAACGAAUAAGGAAACUGCAGAGAAGGCUUCUAAUACAUCACCUCCUGCUGAGAGUGUCAAACCAAUGGAUGUGCAGCAGAUGCUUAACAGUAAACUUAAAGCAAGGCGUUCAAUGGCCGCUCACCUACCAGGACCAAUUACAUACUCACCUUUCCAAGAGAUACGUGAUGAAAUGUAUGAGGAUGCUGUAGCUCUGUAUGCACCCGAACGUCCUUCCUUUGACCCUGAGAUCUGUCGUAAUAUUAUAUGCACCAAAACCCAUGAAAGUGAUGAUCUCAUAACUGUUCUGGCGAAAUGGGCACCAGAACUAUUGCGUGUACAGGAUGCGUUUCUCAAAAUUCCUCUUCAUAUAGCAGUCGAAGGGGGCGAAGUUUGCCGCGUUUCCACGUUGCUGCAGCUGGGUUCACCAGUAUGCUGGAAAGAUAAGAAUGGUCUGUCGCCAUUAGAGAUAGCUUAUUCUUUCGGGAACGGAUCGGUGCUCAAAUUGCUUCUGAAUUCGGGCGCAACAUUCCAUGAGCUAUUGGCGAGUGAACAGAGGUUGCCUCCAUUACGAAGGGGGCAUCUUUUCAAAAUGUUAGCAAGGCAUUCUGGAAUUAUCAGUGGGAUUAUGCGAAGCGCUCGCAAAAGGAUUCUGAGGAACAUCUUCGAGAUAGCCUCGUUAUCACCAGUGUUCAUUGCGCCAUUCAAAGACGGAGCUGAUCCCAUUUUUCGGGUAGUUGAGUGUUUUUCUUUCUUUUUUGUUGAGAGGAAGUAUUUGGAUAGAAAUUCUCCCACUAUGCUAGAAGAAGCUGGAAGCGUCUCCGUCGGGUCUAUGAUUGAUUCAUGUACAAGCAAAGCCUACAGUUCGGAUAAAGAAAACAUACCAUCCAUGCAGAGUGCUAACAGUGAAAGCGAGGCCACAAAUCAUGGCGUCAGUGAUACUGAGCUGAUGCGAAGUGGCACAGAAAAGGCAGCAGAUCGCACCCUGAAGCAACUACAAUACGAGAAUCACAUCUACUCUCCUACUGAACAAUUUCUCUACAAAGUUAUGGAACUAGAUACCGGAAGAAUGACACGAAGUCGUACAAAGGUCUUGAUGGAAAGUACACCACCGCGGCCUAUGGCUACUAAGAAGCAGCUUUGCCGCAAAUCUGGUAUCCUCAAGAAGUCUUUGUCGGCCGACGAACGUAUUCUUGGUUAUGCAGAAAUUUUGAAAGGAUCUCAAAAUGGCACAUGUCAAGACGACGGGGAAAAAUAUCUAACAGAGAACCGACUAACUCCAGAAAGCUGCAGCUGCUCCGAGCCAACUGAAGAGAUUUCCCAUGUUGGAACUGUUUUCCCUUCUAUCUCUAGUUUCCAGUACUUUAUUGCAACACCGAAGGGAAUCGAGAAAUACUAUCGAUAUAAGCAGAAAACCCAUUCAUCGACUCUCUCACACCAUCGUUAUUACUAUGACGAAGACGUCGGCGUUGAAACGAUCAUAAACCGGUCAUUGGUUGACAUCUUGCAAGUUGACGGUACAAAGCGAAUGGGAGUAAAGAAAAGGCUACGGAAAACAGCACAGCGGUGGAUAUUUCUAUCGUGGCAAAGGAAGUUGAAGAAGGUGUUUGUGCCUAUUUACCUACUGACUGCUCUGUUUCUGUCAAAACUCCCUGGAGCUACCGGUAGCGGCGAGUUGUCCACCGAAGUACCUUCUGGAUCGAUUGACACCAAGUCAGCUAAAAUCUGCAAUAUGAUGGACCCAGCUUGUGAAAACAUUGGAAGAAAGGAUGAAGAGAUGCCACUGGAAAAUGUUUUUUCCCAUUCUUCGACUGUGUCGCCUGGGUUAUCGUCUUCUGAACUCCUGGCCCAAACCUCUCCUCUUGUUUCGGUUAAAGUGCCACCAAGUCAAUUUGUCCGUGAAACAGGUUCUUCAUUUGACCACGGAAUCUCCGCAUCAUCUGCUGGCAAUUACCUCGACACUCUGGCAAACACUGCUCAUAUUCAUAAUGACCUCCAAUCGCAACAUUAUAUACUUUCAGAGUGCUCACCAACACUCGAGGAAUCAGAUGCGUUCUUAUCGGUUAAUAGUGCGACAGGUGUUGUUUUUAGCAACAAUCAGUAUAUGGAGUGCAUUGGAUGUGUGAGUCCAUUAAGUCGACCAAAGAAAGAAUCUUAG